GUCGAAAUGAUAUGGGAAAUGAAGAGAGGGGAUGAAUGCAUACUCUAUCAAAUAGGCAACAUCAACAGUGGCACCCAAAAAGGUGAAGUAUAAGUGGGUGGGGGAGGGCAGAACAGCAACAACUACAAGAAGAGAGAAACAGCUGCCCUGCCCACCCUCCAAAGUUGAAGCCAUGCAAAUUAUAUAUGGGGAUAUGAUUGUGUUUAUUCCCCUGCUUCUCCUUUGUCGCCACAUGCACUGCACUUUUCUUAACAUUUGAUGUAUGUUACACUGAUCUGAAACAAAUGGCUGUAUAGUUGACUUUUGAGGAUACAGCAGCAACAUUUCUUGGCCUAAAGUGGCUCUUAGAGAGGGAAAAAACAGUAGUUAUAAUGCCAUUUCAUCAUCAUCACCAUCACCAUCACCAUUACCAUUUCCAUUCUCUGUAGCUAUAUGCAGUGAGUGGGUGCACUCAGUAAAAACCCAGUUUUCUGCCCCCUCAACCCUUCUGAAAUUUGUCUGUGGUGAAUUGGUGAUCAAAGCCCUUCCUUAUUCCCUUGUCCACUACCAAAGGUUCAUAUAUAAAUAGGAUAUGGCUUCUCCCCCAAUCUCCCUCUCUUCUUCCCAUCCAUUGUAAGCCCUCCAAUAGUAUCUUUACUGGCAUAAAAUAUUACCAAGUUGGAGGAAGUUAAAGACCCACAUAGAGCUUCAAGCCAUUUAGGUAGGUAGCUAGCUAGCUAUCCCCAUCAAUGGCUAUAGCAACUAGUACCACAAGAAUGCUCGCCACCUGUCUGCUGCUCUACCUCUGCCUCUUCACUGGUCUCAGCAGCUGCUCAUCUUCAACUUCAGCAGCAGGAAUGGCUGAGGGCUCCAAACAAGGCAUCGUGGUGAAUCCAAAUGAUCUCCCACUCUAUUACAAGGAUGGAUACCAAGAACUGAAGAACAAGGUGAAGGUGAUGAUGAAGACAAGGAAGCUGCUUAUGAUGGAUGUGGCAGAUUAUGAUGAAACUGGCGCAAACCCUAGACACGAUCCUCGCAAGGGCAGAGGCAGGAACCCUUAAUUACAAACCAGAAUCAUCAUCACCACCCUUAUUAGUAAACUAUUAAUACAUAUAUUUAGCAUCGUUUAAUCACUAUUAGUUAUGAUCAUCAUCAUUGAUUAGUUAGCGCUCGCCGUUUCAGAUAGGCCCAGCUGCUUCAUUGACUACCGCUGGUUACUGUUGAUUACUUUUGUACUAUGAGAUUAAGAAUAAGAGAAGCAGCUAAUCACUUUAUAAGAUAUAUUUACAUUAAUUAAGAUGUAUCUCUACAUGAUGUAAUAAUAUAAAAGUAUUUUUUUUUUUCCAAGAAAUGUCAAGAGAGAAAAAACUAUACAAUCUACCCCAAAACCCUCCCCAACCAAUACAACAGUGAAGCCACCCUACAAAGACCAAGGAACCGAUCUCAAGAGGAGAAAGUAACAGGGCUUUCAGCGCCACUCUAUGGGCAGCCCCGUUAGCAGUUCUAGAAACUGCCCUAAACUCUAAGGAAAUAGAAACUGAGGACAAGAGCUGGAAGCGAUCACGAAGCACCGGACCUCCUAGGGAAUCUGAAGAAAUGCCCUGGCGAAGCUUACGAAUCACCACUUCUGAAUCACCUUCGACGAUGACACGAGGAAGGGACUUGGAGACCAAGAGGGAGAUAUCGUCUCGAGCUGCAAGAAGUUCUGCGAGGUAGGGGUCAACAAUGCCUGGGUGCUGGAACCCUACUGCCAACGCCACAUGCCCGUCUGUUCCAUGAACCACUAGUCCAGACUAGCAACCGGAAGCACGAACCGCAGCAUCAAUGAAGGUCUUCAGAUAGCCAACAGGAGGAGGGGUCCAGGAGGAGAGGCGGGAGCUUAAGGACUGAAGGGGAGGGACGGGUACCGGAGGGAGAGAGGAAGAGACUUCGUGGACUUGGAAAAAGCAUUGACGAGCUAGAGACUGGGCAUGAGGCUGAUAAUGCUCAAAACCACCUUAUUUCGAGACUUCCAGAUUCUCCACAAUACGCAAACGUAUAGGAGAACGUGGGUUUGGGGGUGCUCAGAAAGCAUAACAUGUCGCCACCAGAGACUGAAAUUCACAGUCGGGGCCGAGGAAAUGAAGUCAUUUAGGCCCAUAAGUGACCACAACAUGGUGGCCAAAGGGCAUCUGAAGAACAAGUGUUCAAUACUUUCCGAACUUCUCCAACAAACAUGGCAACGGCUUCGACAAUUAACCCCUCUAGAAUUAAGGGCUACAACUGUUAAAUACCACUUUCAGGCACUCCCAAAUGAAGAACUUCAGUUUAGGAGGAACUAGAAUACCCC